AUGGCUUUGCAGUAUCCUGAUUUGCGGGACAUCGAACACUUCCCCGGCUUCGCGGAUAUCCCCAUCGAAGACCUCGACACCGGCGAAACCACACCCGGAACAGAUGGCUGUCUCCUUCUCGAGAUCCUGUCCAUUCAGAAGCGUCCCGUUCUGGUCAUCGGAACGCGUAGCAACGAUCUCCACAUGGUCACCUUGAGGUUCGAGGGACCGGACCACGGCCAUGCUCUGAGCGAGUCGCCCCACCUGAAGGUCGGAUAUACCAUCGCCGUCAUGCACGCCCGCAAGCAUCAGUUCGGACAUGAAGUCUACGGCAUGUGUCUCCACGACUAUCGUUCCAUCAAGCUGCUCCCAUCGCCGUUGGACGAUAUAUUCCAUCUGAGUGAUGUGAUGAAAACCUGGCCUCUGAACUUUGCUCCCCACAAGAAGUGUCACUGGUGUGGCCACGAGCCUAAACCUAUCGUGACCUGCUUGGACUGCGGUGUUGUCGGAUACUGUGGUGUGGCUUGUCAGGUGGCCUGCUGGAACUUUCGCAGCCACAAAGAGUUCUGCAAGAUCCUCGGUGAUCAGAACUUCCGUUCUCUUGUGACUGAGAUGGCACGCGAGUGA